AUGUGUAAGCAAGCCUACUACGACAAAGACACACUAACUCUGACAACACACCAAGAGACGGUUCUACAACAGAUCUGUCCUAGUAAAUACGAUGAGCGCGCAGGACCAGGAAUCAUGCCCAAGUACUGCCUAGAAAGCGUUAGUUACCACAAGCCUAACCUGUACACACGGACAAACAGGGAAGGGGACGGACAGUUAAGUCACUUGGUGCCACAGCCAAAGUACGUGCACUGGCCACAGUCAGACUACAGCUGCAGACACCCUGUCUCAGCUCUGGGGUACAGGGAUGGGGAGACAUCAUGUAAUUUGGAAGUUCUAGAUGGAUAUUUUCUUCCAAAUGACAUAGAUCUUCGUCAGGUAAUUGUAUUGCCAAAAGCAGAAUGGGAACGGAUUCAGAACAACCUUGGCAGCACAACUAGAGAAGCAGCAGACAUCCUCGCUGAGAAGAAAGAAAUGCACUUACCCUCCAAAGCUGCUGUAAAACUCUGUCCCAAUCUCAUCACGGACCUGGCACAAGAGAAACUUAAUGCCAAAAAAUUGCGCGAAGAAAGGGAAGAGGAAGAAAGAAAGAAACUGGAUUUGGAAGAAGAACAGUUCCAAGCAGCAAAAUGGAAGGAGGCUAUUGAUCGCGCAAAAACCUACCUAUACUACCAGAAUGAAAGAGUGAAAGGGUUGCAUAGUGCACUUCUACUUGCUGAGGUCCUAAAAGAAAGAGAUGCUCAAGUUGAAUUUAAAAAAUUAAAGUCAGAUGUUAACAAAAAGAAGGAUGAAGAAACAGACCAUGAACGUGAAGAAGCUAUUCUCAGGGACCAAGAAAAGGCACAUCAGCGUUACAUGAAUCAACAGGCACUACGCAGGGAUCAGCUGGAACAAAUAAAGGAGCACAAGCAUCAGGCAGAUCUGGCCAAGCUAGAAGACAAAAGAGAAGGGGAAGAAAUACAGAGAUUGAACCGAUUGUACCAACUGGAAAUUCAGAGAAGAAUGGAAAAGGAAUGGGAGGAAAAAGUUGAACGCCAGAGGCUGUAUCAUGAGCAUGUAAAAGAUCAGAAAAUAAUCAAAGCAGUAGAGGAACAAAAACAAAUGGAAGAAGACGAUCGGAUUAAAGCUCAUUUUAAAGCAAAGGAAACUAUUGCCAAGCUGAUAAAAAAGAAAGAAGCUGAAAUGCGUAGACUCAUGCAGGAACAUCAGGACAAAAUCGUUAGCCAAUUAGCUCUACAAAUGAGUGAGGCAUUAAAGAGGGAAGAUGAUCGUCUUGCUAGAGACAUUGCAAAGAAAGAAGCUGAACAAGAAAAAAAACGCAAAGAGAAAGAAGCAAGAGAAAAGGCAGCCAUGGAAUCUAUUGCUGAACACAGAGCCGCUGCGAUGAAGAUGAAAGCGGAAAAGGAGAGAGAGGAAAAAGCAGAGGGUAAAAAAGAACUUCAUGAGUUAAUGGAAAAGAACCGCAUCUACCUGGAAAUGGAAAAAGCCAAGAAACAAAGACAACGCGAUGCAAACAUGGAAGUAAAGAAAAUUCAGAUCCAGCAAAUGGCUGAAAAGCGAGCAAAAAACCAGCAGGAAAAGCAAGCAGACUUGGACUAUGAUGCUCAGAGCGAGGUUAUUGCCCUUUGUAAGGAACGUGAAUUUCAGAGCUAUGCAAAGCAAGUAAUUGAAUCAGAGUCCAAGACUACACAUCAUCUUUAUCCUCUUCUCAAAGCAUCCAGAGGACUUGGACAUGGGCCAUUUUCCAGAGGAAGAGAAGGAAUAAAUACUAGUUUUCAAGCAUAGGAUGGUGCUGAGACCCAGUACUGCUCAGGAAGUUAA